CCGCCAUACUGUAAGAAGAAAAUUUCAUUGCUUGUUGACAAAUGACACACAAAGCUAGUUAAAAUCAAGUCCUCAUUCACAUAAUAUUCUGACAGCGAGAUAACUAUGUCUGGGGAAGAGUUCACAGACAUAAAUGGCAACUCGAUUUCUUUAGACUGCCAAACUCACUCCGGUUUCUGCAGAGAGUUUACUGUCACGUCACCGAAACUGUCUAUGCGCAAGGUGAUGGUGUGCACCUGCUUUAUAUGGUUAUUUGCUUAUGCUAUAUUUUUCUUCACCGAGAACACUGCUGUCCUGUCGAGUGCCAUCAUCCUCACGCUGGGUGGGAUGAUGAUUCACAUUCAUUUUGUAAAGGUGGACCAUGAGACUCUUCUUAUAAUCGGCUCCCUCGGUAUCCAACUGUCUUCAUCUUACGCAUCUGGACGAGAAAGCACGACCUUCAUUGAGAUGAGCAAGCUGAAAGACAUUGUCAUCAACGAGGCCGUUUAUAUGCACAGCAUCAUAUACUAUCUGUGCAUUCUGAUCAAGGACCCGGCAGAGCCUGAGACUGUGACAAGCGUAGUCCCUCUAUUCCAGAGUUCAAAGCCUCGGCUGAAUUGUUUGGUUGAAGUCUACAGAAGCUGUCAAGAGAUUCUGGCAGAGACUAGAUGACGCAGAGAGUCUUCCUUUGAAACAGGAUAAAGAUUGGAAAACCAGACCAUAAGCGUAUUGUUGGUAGUAUUUGUAUUGUUAACUACACUAUAUCUUUCUGUUACUUAUAAUAGUUUGUUAGAUACAUUUUCCAUCCACAAACUCUAAUUUAAUAUUUCUUUUAUUAUUUUUCUAUAUUAAUUUUACAGUUAAAAUUAUAUCCGUUGGUUUUUCCUCACUGUUUCUGACCUUAAAUUGCCACUAGAGGGACAUGUGUACCAAUUUGUGGAAACCGAUACAACAUUAGUAUUUUAAAUAUGAACGAGUUCCAAUUUGGUACAAUUAGUCAACAUGAACCAAGAAUGAGCAAUACUUCACAUUUAUUGCUCAUUGAAUACUUCACAUUCAAUGAGCAAUACUUCACUUCUACACCAUUAAUUAGCCAUAGUUAAUGUUAAUUUCAACAUUUAUAAAUUUUUUUAAAAUCAAAAGUUGUGAUUGUUACCAUUAGUUAAUGGACUGUGAACUAACAUGCACAAUGAACAGCUGUAUUUUUAUAAACGAACAUUAACAAAGGUUAAUAAAUUCUGUGAAAAUACAUUGCUCAUUGUUACUUUGUUAGUCAAUGCAUUAACAAAUAUGACCUUAUUGUAAAAUGUUACCAUUAUAUGACAUGUGUUUAUACUAAAGAGUCAAGAUAAAAGCUGUUUUAAUUAAAUUAUAAUUUCAAAUCCUGAUUUGAUGAAUUGAAAAAAAAAACCUGAAUAAAUUAUGAAUAAAAAACAUGAUGAAUAAAAAAACAUACAGAGAUUUUAUUUUAAAGGAGUAUAGAGAAUCAAUGCAUUAUUCAGCUAUUAAAGCAGAUCUUAUUUGGC